AUGGAUGCUACUAACAGGAGACGCAAGUCGGGAGAGCCCAGUCCACUCAAAAGCGUGGUGUCCCGUCCACCCCACCCGCUUCCAAAUGAGGGCCUGAGGCUGCAGCAAGGACGCUCCCCUCCUCAUGCGGGGCUCGGCCUCCCCGCACCACCAGGACCCCCGCACUCCUGCAAGCCCCAGCUGCUCCGAGCCGGGAAGGACCCCAAAGUGUGGAAGGCCUUUUCCAAGGGCACAACUAACACUUCUGCCUACCUCAGUUGCGUGUGCACCCUGUGUGAGGGAGAAGGCACCCAGGAGGCCCGGCCUACGGGGACCGGAGCGGCACUGCCAGUCAACUGGAAAACCCUCCCCGCCCCUGCGUGGCUCUGCAAGCCAAUUGGAAGUCCGUCGUCCGCGCCCCCGCAGCCAAUCAGAAUGUCCAGACCAAUCAGAGUGCCCGCCACGCGAAGCCAGCAGCCAGUGAGGAAGCCCGGCGUUCGUGCCGUCGCCAGCGCUGUGGUAACUCGCGCGCGGGGCGGCGGCGGCGGCGGCGGCCAUGGGAGAUAUCCCAGCCGUGGGCCUGGGCACCUGGAAGGUGACGCGGUCGCGGGCUGGGAGGCGCGGCUGACACUGAUUACAUUAGUACCAAAUCAAUGGCUUAAUUUUUUAUGUAUUAUUUACUCCUCAUGCUUGGGUGAAAGGGGAGAAUUGUGUUGUAUUCUUCUGACUGUGGGAAGACAGUUUGUUUUGUUGGUUUUGCAGGCCGCUCCGGGGAAAGUGACUGAGGCGGUGAAGGUGGCCAUUGACGCAGGCUACCGGCACUUUGACUGUGCUUACUUAUAUCACAAUGAGCAUGAGGUUGGAGCAGGGAUCCGUUACAAGAUCCAGGAAGGUGUUGUGAGACGGGAGGAUCUGUUCAUUGCCAGUAAGCUGUGGUGCACCUGGCACACGAAGCCCUUGGUGAGAACAGCAUGCUGCAGGAGUCUGAAGUCCUUGAAGCUCAAAUAUUUGGACCUCUACCUCAUGCAUUGGCCCAUGGGUUUCAAGCCUCCUCAUCCAGCCUGGAUCAUGAUUCCCAGUAAGCUCCUUUCCUUCUGCUUCUCACAUCCUGGAGUAUACGACUUGCCUCUGGACUGCACUGACAUGGUCAUCCCCAGUGACACAGACUUCCUAGACACGUGGGAGGCCAUGGAAGACCUGGUGAGCACUGGACUGGUGAAGAACAUUGGGGUGUCAAACUUCAACCAUGAGCAGCUUGACAGGCUUCUCAAUAAGCCUGGGUUGAGGUUCAAACCAGUAACCAACCAGAUUGAGUGCCACCCAUACCUUAAUCAGAAGAAUCUGAUCAGUUUUUGUCAAUCCAGAGGUGUGUCUGUGACUGCUUACCGUCCUCUUGGUGGCUCGAGUGAGGGAGUUGACCUGAUGGACGAUCCUGUGAUCCAGAGGAUUGCCAAGGAGCACAACAAGUCUCCCGCUCAGAUUUUGAUCCGAUUUCAAAUCCAGAGGAAUGUAAUAGUGAUCCCCAAAUCUAUCACCCCAAGUCGGAUUAAAGAGAAUAUCCAGGUGUUUGAUUUUGAAUUAACACAGCACAAUAUGGAUAGCAUCCUCAGCCUAGACAGGAAUCUCCGACUGGCCACGUUCCCCAUAACUAAAAAUCACAAAGACUAUCCUUUCCACAUAGAAUACUGAGGACAACUUCCCCUUCCUUGUUUCUGCUCAGCCCAGAUGCACCGACACCGUUAGCAAUGUUGACCCUCCUCUGUUAAUGGCAGCUGUGCCUGGGACAGGAGCCACACAGUCAGAGGAGGGUGCAAGAGCCUCCUUCUCUGAGUAAUCUGGAGAACUGAGUGUGUUUUAAGUGAAGUCCAUGGGGUUUCUCCUAGACAGGCUGUGUGGCCUCUACUCUGAAAAAAAACACUAAUAACUCAUGAAUGAAAUUUGCCUUCACAUUUUAAGAAAACCUUAUCUUAUGAAAUUAUUUAAGCCAUCUAAGAGCCGAGGAAACAGUGUAAUCCAUCUCUGGCCCAUUGCCCAGCUCCACCAAUUGUGCCCCAGGCCAGCCUGCAUCACCUCCACUUCUUUCUCUGCCCUGCCAAUGACACCCAGGUUAUUCUAAAGCAGAGUCCUUCCCUUUCCCCAGUGGGAAGGAAAAUGGGAUAAGUCUAGAGCACUAUUUCAGUUCAAUAGAGAGGCUUUUUUCUCCUUAAAA